GGUCACUUUAGUUCUAAAAAAUUCUUCGCACUUUCAUGCAGACUGUAAAUGUUUCAACGGAUCUCUGCUGCCUCUCCGUGGUCAUUUCCCUCAACUACACCCCCCCAACCUGAGCCAAGUGGUAUCGCCCAUUCAUGAAUUCAACAUGGAGUCGCUGGUGCAGCGAAAAUCAUUCUUCUGACAUGUUGAGCUGCAGCCAAAGAAACGAUAUACAAACGUUAACAGAGCUGUGUGGAGGUACUCGUGAGUCGAACUGCAGUGAGCCUCAGACUUCAUAUAGUUUUAACAUUUAAUGCACGAUGUAUGACCGUGCAGCGACUGUUGAAGUUUCAGGGUUUAAGGCUUGACAGGAACUACGAGUGAACCGCGACAGCCUCUGAUGGAGCUCAGACAAAUCACCGGGGUGUACGGAGAGGUGAGCGGCCUGCCUGCGCCUGUUUCAGCCCAUGUGAGAGAGGAGCAGCUCCAGGAACCCCGGAUAUACACGGUGACAGCAGAGUGGAGUCAGAGCGAACUUGUCCGAUGCUCCAGACUCCGAUACUUGCAGGAGUUCACGCUGAUCUCGGAGAGCAACAAUCACAAGAGCAUCAGGACUGUUCUUCCACCAGGACCGUGUGUGUCUGUGUCCGGAGAGUUGUUGAGUGGAUUCUCUCCCAUUCGAGGCCUGAGAGCUGUUAUCAGAGAGACGAGCGGUCACCAGCUCCUCGAGAUAUGGAACUGCCACGGCCUCAGAAAAUGCCUCAACCUGACUGCUCUUAACAAACACGGCCGAGUGUAUGACGACGCCCAGUUUGGCUGCCUGUCAUGGUCAGAGUGUGAGAACAAACUGCUGUACGUAGCGGAGAGAAGCAAGAACGCAUCAGCCGAAACGCAAGAUGGGGGACACGCGUGGAGAAAGGACAGGAGUUUGUACUGUGAAGAUUGGGGGGAGGCCCUGACCAAUAGGAGCGAGCCGGCGAUUUGUGUGGUGGAUUUGGAGAUCGGCGCGGCCAGCGUGUUGGAGGGCGUUCCGCCUGAUGUUUCACCUGGACAGGCUCUGUGGGCUCCCGGCAGUCAGGCAGUGUUUUUCAUUGGCUGGUACCACGAACCCUUCAGACUCGGACUGAAGUUCUGCUCCAACCGCAGGUCAGCCUUGUUCAAGAUUGACCUGUGUGGACAUUGUGAACGUCUGUCGGGGGAAAACCUUUCAGUGUCCAAUCCCAGGCUAAGUCCUGAUGGGUCCACGCUGAUCUACCUGCAGGGUGCGGUGUUUGGUCCUCACAACCAGUGCCUCAGUCUGCAGCAGCUGGAUCUGGAAAGCGGGGAGACAUCUACGCUGCUGGAUGUUGUCAGCAGGCCACAAGCUGGUGAGUUUGCAGGCAUGUAUGAAGCGCUGCCGUCCUGCUGCUGGUCUGCAGACAGCCAGAGAGUAAUGUUCAGCAGCGCCUGCAGGAACUGGAAGGGUCUCUUCCUAGUUGACAGAAGAUCAAAGAUAGUCACCUCCCUCUCUGAUAACCUCUCGGAUUCUUCUUCCCAACUUUAUGGCAGCUGGAAACUGCUGACAGUCCAGAGAGACCUGAUGGUGGUCUGCUGCUCCAGCCCAAACACCCCUCCCACUCUGAGGGUGGGGUUUGUCCCGCGUGCAGGUGAGGCCGUGUCCUGGCAAACUCUGCAGGAACCCCUCAUGACCUUUGACUUCAGCUGGAAAGUUCUAGAUGUGACUCCUCCAUCGGACGAGGAGAACGCAAACUACCCUGGCUUAGACUUUGGUGCAGUCUUGGUUAAACCAUCUCGUCCCCUUGGUGAAACCAGGACACCUCUUGUGGUCUUCAUCCAUGGGGGCCCUCACUCUCAGUUCCCUGCAGAGUGGAACAGCACCACAGCUGGGCUGGCUAAACUCGGCUUUGCUCUGCUCAUGGUGAACUACAGGGGAUCCACGGGGUUCGGCCAGCACAGCAUUUUGUCACUGAUCGGUCAGAUCGGGAGCCAGGAUGUAAAAGAUGUGCAGAGGGCUGUGCUUACUGCGCUGGAGCGUGACCCGAACCUCGACCCCGAUCGCUUGGCUGCAAUAGGUGGUUCUCACGGCGGUUUCCUGGCCUGUCACCUGCUCGGUCAGUAUCCUGAGUCCUACAAAGUGUGCGCAGCCAGGAACCCUGUCAUUAAUGCUGCUACUCUACUGGGAACCAGUGAUAUAGUGGACUGGCGUUACACCAGUGCUGGGUUUCACUACUCGUACGACCAGAUACCCACUGCUGAGGCCCUGGCUGCUAUGUUACAGAAGUCACCCAUCGCACAUGCCGCCAAGAUCAAGGCUCCGGUGCUGCUGAUGCUGGGAGGCAGAGACAGGAGGGUGUCUCCACACCAGGGGAUGGAGCUUUAUAAAGCACUGAAGAGCCGAGGUUCACCUGUCAGGUUGCUGUGGUUUCCUGAAGAUGGACAUUCUCUGUCCAGAGUGGACACACAGGUUGACUGCUUCCUCAACACAGCGCUGUGGCUGCACCAGCAUCUCUGACCACGCACGCACACACACGCACGCACAGCCACGAGGCCGUUUUUGUUGUUUUUUUGCUUCAGCUCGACGCUCUGAGAAAAGUGGUAGAAAUCUGGUUUUUGAUCAAAGCUGAGAAUCUUAAACAUCGCAGACUUUUUCAUAACUAAACAACGCUUUUUGAGGUAAAGUUAAAAAAAAAAAAAA